AUGACAACUUUCACCAAGCUGGAGGCCGGCGAACAGCCUUCGAUCUCAGUAUACCCGAAUCGCAAGCUAUCCAAGAUUAACGACAAUGUUUUCGGAGGGUUUACCGAGCACAUGGGCCGCUGCAUAUACGGCGGACUGUACGAUCCUGACAACCCGAACAAAGAUCUGAUCGAUGAAAAUGGCUUCAGGGUCGAUGUCAUUGAAGCAAUGAAGGAGCUCAAUGUACCCAACAUACGAUAUCCCGGUGGAAACUUUCUGGCGACCUACCAUUGGAUCGAUGGCGUUGGUCCGAGAGAGAAGCGACCGAAAAGACCAGAACUUGCGUGGCUUGGGAUAGAAAGCAACCAGUUUGGGACGGACGAGUUCAUGAAAUGGUGCGAGCUCGUGGGAACGGAACCGUAUCUUGCGCUCAACUUCGGAACCGGCACUCUCGAUGAAGCCAUGGCAUGGCUUGAGUACUGCAACUCGUCUCAAGACACGCACUACGCCAACCUGCGGAGGAGCCAUGGUCGCGAAAAGCCGUAUGGUGUCAAGUAUUGGGCUCUCGGCAACGAGUGCUGGGGCCCAUGGCAGGUAGAGCAAAUGACCAAGGAAGACUAUGCCAAAAAAGCCUAUCAGUGGGCCAAGGCGCUGAAGCUCAUCGAUCCUUCCAUUACACUUAUUCUAUGCGGCGAGACGGGACACUCAGAGUGGGACUUCCACGUGUUGAAGGAGUGCAUCCGAUGGGACCAGCAUGCUUUGGGAGCAGGUAAUGUGACUGCGAGCUUAAUCGAUCUGCACAGUAUCCACAUCUACACCGCCAGCGAGGAUCCAGUAAAGAAUGCUUUGGCUCCGAGGUCUGCUGAAAGGGCGAUAGAGAUCGCGUCAGGCCUCAUUGAUUUGGCGAGGAUCCAGAACGGCGUGCCAGCCUCCGUUCCUGGGCAGACAAUAUGCUUCGAUGAGUGGAACGUUUGGGAUCCGCAGCGAGCUCCAGGAGAUCUGGGUGCCGAGGAGAAAUACACGCUGUCCGACGCUUUGGCCGUGGCAGUUUGGCUCAAUGUCUUCGUCCGGCAGAGCAAGUAUGUGGGCAUGGCUAAUAUUGCUCAAAGCGUAAACGUCAUCUCGCCGCUGAUGACUUCAAAAGAAGGAGUGUUGAAGCAGACAACGUGGUGGCCGUACCUCCUGUUCUGCAAGUAUAUGCGUGGACACACAAUCGCAACUCAUGUCAGUUGUGCAGCUUAUGAUGGUGAGACUCAGCCCAAGUGGCUGCAGGCUGCCUCGGAAUUGCCUUGGCUGGACGUGUCUGCUGCGAUCAGUGAAGAUGACUGGGUCAGCUUGGUGGUUAUAAAUGUGCAUCUCGAGCAGGACUUUGACGUUGCCCUCGAUGGUGUCAGCGGGCAAGUUCAGGUAUACACUGUUACUGGUAAACAGUGGGAUGUUGUCAAUACGGAAGGCGAGCAGAACGUUGGUAUCGUUGAGAGCCAGUGGGACGCUGCUGAGGGAUACACAUUCUCAAGGCAGAGUAUGACAAUGCUGCGAUGGAAAAUAUAG